AUGAUGCGCGUCGCAAGAGCGCUAGCUGCAGCGCUGUUGCUGCUGCUUGGCGUGCUCGCGUCGCUCUCCAGCCCAUCACACGCCCAAUCAAUACUUAACAAUCCGUCCUUUGAGGGCGGUGGCCCAGUUGCCAGCCUGAGAUUGAGCAUCCCUGAUUGGGCGGUGGACGGCUUGGGCGGAUAUUACACACCAUCCACGGCCCACUACCCCGCAUCCUCCUUCAUGGUUGACGCAAGCUCGGGCCAAACUGUGCUGGCAUCCCCUGCAGACGGCACAAACGUCGCUGUCAUCAUGACGGGCGCAGAGCUCAGCCAGGAAGUGGUGUGGAGCCCUGGCCAAGGCACUGGGCCAACCCCCGACUACUACGUGGACUUCCAGUGCGCCGUGGGCCUCAAACUUGGGUCUCUCGAGACAGGCACCAUGCAUGUGCGCGUCUUUGCCGUGCAGGGCAGUGGUGGCGGUGCGGAGGACAUGCUUAUCGCAGAGGCAUCCCUCCAGCCCGCGCUCUCCACAGCGGGUCAGUUCCAGACCUUGGCCGUUUCAGGCUUCCUGGCAGCCGACGUCGCGAACACCACCACAGCUAUCCGCUUCACUGCAACGCACACGUCGGAGAGCGCCUUGUCACAGCUGGACGCUGACAACAUCCGCCUCACCCUCACCGCCGUUCCCGACACUGGUGAUGUGAGCGAUGCCCUGGACCAGUGGAACACGGCUGCUGGCCCGUGCUUCUACCCGUUCUGUGUCCCCACGUUUGAUGAUGCCAGCGAAGUGCUGCUCUUCACGGCCGGCAACGUCCUCUCCGCAGACACCACUGACAUCAACAACGACGGCCUUGUGGACGUGGUCAUUGGCGUCGGGCAGACCAAGCACGUGGUGUUACACCAGGGUCUGGGCGGCCGCCGCUUUGCCGCCCGCAUCAUGGGCACCACCCGCGGCGUGCCAUCGCAGGUCAUCUUCGCCCACAUCGACAACAACGCAUACGCAGACGUGCUUGUGGCCAUGCAUGACAUUGGGCGCAUCACGUGGUUCCGCUCGCGCAUCGACGGCUUCUCGUUCUCCUUCCAGGAGCGGUUCGUGGCGGACAUCCCGGGCCUCACCGCCUUCACCGCUGGCGAUGUUGAUGGUGACGGCGCGCCAGAUGUGGUCGCUUUGGCACAGGGCACCCUGUACUGGCUGCGAAACCGCCGGGCCGACCCGCAGUUUGAACCCGCCCGCGUGCUCGCGGCGCAGGCACAGGUCCUCUCGCCCAUCACCGACAUCAGCAGCGUGCGCGUGCCUGGCGCUGCCACAGCGCACGUGGCCGCAGCGACGAGCCGAGGUGACGUGUUCCUGCUCGUUGGCGGAUCCUCCCUCCUCUCCAUGCCAGCGUCUGUUGUCCCCGUCAUCAGCAGCGCCAACUCCGGCGACGUGGCCGAGUCCCCGCCGCUCUCGGCGCCAUUGCUGCUGAGUGUGGUUGCGUCGCCGACGGCAGUGUACCUGGCUGUGUGCUCCCCCGCAACAGCACGCACGCGCCUGUUCAAGAUCACGGAAGAGGGUGCACUGCGCACGGUCACGCCUCGUCGCGACUGGGUGCUGCCGCUCGCCGGCUUCCGCCCAAGCAUCAUCCAGCUCGCCUUCAAGGGCGAACGUGCUGCAAGCGCCAGCAGCGGCGACAGCCUUGACGCCAGCGAUGACCUCGUUUCGUUGUCAGCCGUCGUGGGCGAGCACGCAGUCGUGACGUGGUUUGACGUGCUGCGCACCACAGGCGAGCCACCGUCAACGGCAUUUGCACUGGACAUGCAGCAGGCCAUAUCCACCGUGCUGCUGCGCGAUGUGGAUGGAGAUGGGCAGCUUGACGCGGUGCUUGCCGCCGACAGGGACUUUGGGCCCUCUGUCCGCUUUGGUGACUGCUGCACGGCCGAUUCCCUGCUUGCCUUCUCCUACAACACCACCAACCCGUCCUUCGAGCUGCAGCCCUCCUCGCCUCUCGGUCCGCCACCCUUCUGGCUCACCACGGGCACUGUGAGCACCGUUACCUUUGAUGGCCCCGCCUCCGGCUACGCCCGCACGUCGACCCCUGUCGGCGACAGCAGCAUCCUCCUGCCGUACCCGGCGCACGGGAGUGCGUUUGUGCGCCUCGAAUUGCUGGGUAUUCUCGAGCAGACCCUGGAGGGGCUGGUCAUCGCCGACAGCACCGCCUAUGCGCUGACGGUGGCCGUGGGCUGGCCGCUGCAGGCCACAUCCGUUCCCACCGUCAUUGUUGAGCUCGUCACCGCAGACACGCGCCAGCCGCUGUGCUCGGUCACCUACAACCAGGCGGACCUGCCAACGGGGCCGGGCGAGUGGGUGGACGUGCUCUGUGUCGGCAGUAUCAGCACCGCCUCUGUAUCCGAUUCGUCCACCCUCAUCGGACAGCCCCUCAUGCUCAGCAUCAUCGGCGUUGGCGUGGGCACCGUGGAUGUCGAUAACGUGCGCGUCUCCGCUCACACGGAAGACUUUCUCUCGCUGGUUGGAUCAGGGCCUUUCUUCGGCCACCGCUCAAGCGCACCGGAAGGGCCCUUCACAACAGCAGCGCCCACGACGACCACCACCACCACAACUACCACUGCUGCUGCCGGUGGCUCGUCCUCAACGACCACCACCACUGGUGCAGGUGGGCCGGGGACAACCACGUCCGCUGGUGCAACCACAUCAACGACGACGACCACCACGACCACCACCACGACACGGGGGCCGCCGCGGUUCAAGCGCAUCUCUGUUGGCAACAACGAUUUUGAGUCGCCUGUGGUGUCACUGGGCAGCUGGGACGCGUCGGCCACAGAUUGGGCGCUGCGCGGGCCAGCCGGUGUGUACCGCCCCACCAUCAUCCAGUUCCGCCAGCAUGAUGCAGAGGCGUGGGGUGCGCAGACGCUGUUCCUCGGGCCAAAGGCGCGUGCAUCGCACGUGCUCCCCGGUGUUCAGAUUGACCCCGCAUACGACUACCAGCUGCGCUUCAUGCUUGCCUGGCGGCUGGACUUCCGCCAGUUCCCCACGCUGCAGAUCUCGCUGCGCGACGGCGGCAACAACGUUGCUGUGGCCCGGACUAUCACGGCAGUCGACAUGACCCUGCUUGGGCCCAUUGGCCGCUUCUACCCCAUCACCCUGAACCUGUCGCCUGCACAGGGGUUUGUUCCGGGCAUUGAGAUUGUGUUUGCGGUGGUGAGCGGCGUGGGUCAGGCCAACAUCGACCACGUGGUGCUGCUGCGCGGGGAGAAGGGCGAAAGCUUUGACGAGUACAUGUCAACCACCACCCUGUCCACCACCACCACCACCACAACCACCACCACCACAACGACGUCGUCAUUCACGACCGUGUCCAGCACCAGCACCAGCACCAGCACCACGAGCAGCACAAGCUCAAGCUCAAGCUCAAGCACCAGCACAAGCUCAAGCACAAGCACGUCUUCGUCGUCUUCCACAUCAUCGUCCUCAUCCACAUCCAGCAGCACCACGACAGACUUCUUUGGCCGUGGGCACGAGGCCUGGUAUGAAUUUGGGUCGAAGCUCUUCCGCGUGUUCCCGUCCAAGGCGCAGUUUCAACAGGCAGAAGUGUCCUGCUUGCUCAGCGGAGGUGUGCUGGCUGUUGUUUCCGCACCGGAGGAGCUUGACUUCCUGCUUGACCUUGCCCUUCACGUGACACGAAACCGUGAGCUGUGGGUUGGCGCGCGCUUCAGCGCUGACGCCGGGCUGCGGUGGGUGCUGCAGAAUGGCCUCUCAGCCGACCAACUGCCCUUCGAAGGUGCUCUGCCAUCGUCGUUUGAUGGCGACAAAUGCUUGCUCUUCAACUCGAGAGACAGGCGCGGCAACGUGCAGGGCGAGCUGUCGGUUGUGGAGUGUGACGCCUACCGCGAUGUUGUGACAACGCCAGGGCGGAGUGAGUGGACGCCUGUGGACCUUCCUGGCGGAUACAACGAUGAUGCGUUGCAGCAUGACGUGCCCGCACAGGUGGAGUUCUUCACAGAGUCGCUGCCGUUUGGCCUCUACCGCAUCUUCCUUCACGAUAUGAUUGGCCCCGAAGGCACACGCUCGCUGGCCAUUGAUAUGACGCACUCACAUGGCGUGGACCAGCUUCUUUCCAGCCAGGUGGGGGACAGCACGGAACGCAGGCGCAUUGAGCUUACGCUUGACCCCGUGUUCCUCUCGGCACGGCCAUCCCAGGGUGUGCGGCUGGCAGCAUCCAACAUGGGCACCUUCACCAUUGACGCCAUUGAAUUUCGGGUUGUUCCGUCGCAAGUUGACUUCUCCGCAGAGCAGCUGACGCCCGGCUUCUACCGCGUGUACCUGCAUGACUUGAUUGGACCCGAUGGCGUGACGUUCCUGUCCAUCACACUGAACCAUGCUGGUGGCUCAGAGCAGUUCAUCUCCAGCCAAGUGUGGGAUGAGCAGGAGCUGCGAAUGAUUGAGCUCACGUUUGACCCCGUGGCGUUUACCGGUGAUGCUGGCCAGGGUGUGCGGCUGGAGGCAUCAAACAUGGGCCUGUUCACCAUCGACGCAAUCGAAUUCGUGCUGUGCGGGAACACACCGCCGCCAUCGUCAUCCACGACGGGCCAGCUGUGGCAGGCAGAUGCUUACAAGGUGACUGGGCGCGAUGUGUCUGAGGGCAACCGCCCCAUUUCCGACACCGACCUCGACACCCUCUUCUUCACGGGCUCACGUGGCCGCCGCUCCACCAACAGCGUGGAGUACAGGGUACCGGUACCUGCUGGGUUUGAGUACCGCGUGCUCAUCUUGGUGGCCGAGUCGUGCACGGCAUGCUCGCGCGUGUUUGAUGUUGAGAUCAACGGGCUUCCCUAUGAGUUUGGCGUGGACGUGCUGAAUGAGGUUGGCCCCGACAGGGCGCUGGUGCUGGAGUACCCGAACGUGCGCCGCCGCAACGGGAACAUUCGCGUCGCGCUCGUGCAACGGGAUGUGGACGGCGAGCAGCCCAUCAUCAAUGCGCUGGCAAUCGAAGCCGUGACACGCAUCUCAAGCGACACAACCACCUCCACCAGCUCUGCCUUCAGCACCAUCUCCAGCACCUCCACCUCAACCGCAAGUGACACGUACACAGAUUCUCGUGGGUUGGUGUGGCAGCCAGAUGAGGGCUUCUACACAAACGGGGCGCGGUUCCAGUUUGAGACACCCAUUGCCAACACCAUUGAGGACACACUGUAUUACACAGAGCGUGCUGGCGUGGAUGGUUAUCUUCGAUAUGACUUUCCUGUGACACCGGGCCGCACAUACACGCUGGUGCUGCUGUUUGCGGACAUUUGCCCCUGCACGAACGGCGUUGGCGCGCGUGUGUUUGACAUUUCGAUCGAGUCGACCGUGGUGCAGGCAGACUUGGACCUCGUGGCCACGGCUGGCUGGGCCACCGCGUAUACGCGCGUGUUUGAGACCUUUGUGGCCGAUAACACACUCACGCCCAUCGUCGUCCAGCUCCACAUCCACCUCCACAUCAUCCUCAUCUUCAUCCUCCUCGUCAUCCUCCUCCUCCACAUCAACGUCGACGUCUGUCGUAACAACUACGCUUGCCUCGCGUUCCUCUUCCUCUUCGACAUCCACAUCUACCUCGACGUCGUUCUCCUCCUCGACCUCGUUCUCCUCAUCAUCAUCCACCUCGACGUCAUCAUCGUCCUCAUCCUCGUCAUCCACGUCCUCAUCCUCGUCCACGUCGACCACAACGACACCAGCGGGUAUCGCACGCGGGCAAUUGACGUGAACCACGACGACAUGGUUGAUGUUGUUGUGACGGAGGAGGGCUCGGGUCGCGUGUCUGUGUACACGCAAGCGGCGAACGGCGACUUUUCGCUGUAUUUCACCACUGACGCCGUUGCUGGUGCGCGCGGCGUCGCCGUGGCAGACCUGGACGGUGACGGCUACGAUGAUGUUGUUGCUGGCGGCACGGACACGCUGAUCCUGCUGACAAACCUUGCUGGGAGCGCCGGGGAUGGCGGCCGCGGUUUCAAUGCCACAGUCAUCCCGGCUGUCGUCGCUGGCGUGCAUGAGGUGCUGCUGGUGGACGUGACCGGUGAUGGCCAGCCGGAUAUUGUUGCGUCGGAGCGCACGGCGGACCGCGUCGUGCUGUUUGCGACGCAGCGAGCCAGUGGCGCUGGCGGUGUUGUUGUGGGCGAGCCCGUGCGGAUGACGGGCAUCAGUGCGCCGCUUGGCAUUGCGGCUGGCGACGUGACGGGCGACGCCAGCGUCGACAUUGUGGCUGCAGCGCGUGACUCUGGCGCGAUUGUCGUGCUCACGUCCCCGACAGGCAACCUCAUCGCAGACACACAGCGCUUCACCGCGUUCUCCGUGGCUGGGCGGGCCCGCGAUGUCGAGGUUGUUGAUGUUGAUGGCGAUGGCGUGAACGAGAUUGCGGUUGCUGACUCCGACAGCAACGUCGUCGUUGUUGGCAGACGCACCGGGGUGAGCGGCGGCGUGCCGACGUUUGAGAUGGGCACGGUUGCGAGCGGCCUGGCUGGGCCGUUUACGGUGAUUGCUGGUGACUACAACGGCGAUUGCCGCCCGGACAUUCUCGUGGCUGAGCGCUCGGGCAGCCAGGUCACGCUGCUGACCAACACGGGCGUUGAUGGUGACACGGGUCUGCCUGUCUUCACGUCCUUGACUGUGCUCACUGGUGUGAGUGGAGCAACGGGUGUUGCUUUUAUUGACACGAACGGCGAUGGCUGGCUCGACAUUGUUGGCUCUUCCGAUUCAAGCGGCGUUGUUGCCCUCCCCGCAAACUGCCAGUGA